UGCUGGCUGCAGGGCCUUGACCACCUAUAAAGCUUAGCAAUGAGAAAUAAAGAAACCAUCAAGGAGGAAGCCUUCUUGGGGAGCACUGAAGAAGGAGCCUAUUUUGACCAAGACAUGAUUCCUGUGAUGGAGACCUUUGAAAUCAAUGAUCCAAUGCCCAAGAAGAGAAAUGGGGGCACCUUCUGCGUGGCCAUCAUGGCCAUCCACCUGAUCCUGCUCACGGCGGGCACUGCACUGCUGCUGGUUCAAGUUCUCAACCUGCAGGAGCAGCUCAAGGUCGUGGAGAUGGACUCUGGCAAUGGGACACUGGCUGCUGGGUACAAGGACAAGCGAUUCUCACUGCAGCUGGCAUGUCCCAAAACACACCUGGUACCAGGAGGACCAGGACUGCAAGUCCUGCAGGCCCAGCUCACCCAGGUCUGCACCAGCCAGGAGCAACUGCGUCAGCAGAUUAACAACCUCACUCAGAACCCAGAUCUGCUCCGGAUUAAGGGUGAACGAGGCCUCCCAGGUCUUCCAGGACCUCAGGGCCCGGCAGGUGUCAAGGGAGAGGCAGGCCUCCAGGGACUCAGGGGUGAACCAGGGAAGCAAGGAGCUGCUGGUGUACCAGGACCUCAAGGAGAGAAGGGCAGCAAAGGUGACAAAGGUCUCGUUGGCUUCAAGGGAGAACCUGGCACCAAGGGAGACAAAGGGGACCCAGGCCUUCCAGGAAACAAAGGGGACACGGGCAUGAAGGGUGACGCAGGGGUCAUGGGGCUCCCUGGAGCCCAGGGAAUGAAAGGCGAUGCUGGAAAACCAGGCCUACCAGGUUUGGCUGGAUCUCCUGGAGCCAAAGGUGAUCACGGAAAUCCUGGAGCGCCAGGUGCUCCAGGCCCCCCUGGUGCAGCAGGACCUUCAGGUGCCAAGGGUGAGCCAGGCCGCCCCGGUCCUCCUGGGCCAACAGGAUCUCCAGGGAUUGCUGGGAAUCCAGGGCCUGCAGGUGUGAAAGGGAGCAAGGGGGACACAGGAUUUCAAGGACAGAAAGGCACAAAAGGAGAAUCAGGAGUCCCAGGCCUUGUAGGCAGAAAGGGAGACACUGGAAGCCCUGGGCUGGCAGGCCCCAAAGGAGAACCUGGACGAGCCGGCCUGAAGGGAGACCCUGGGGCGAAAGGAUCUCCUGGCCAGCAAGGACAAAAGGGAGAAAAGGGUCAAAAAGGCGAUUCCUGGUAUUUGGUCCGCAUUGUUGGUGGCUCCAGCCGAGGCCGAGCUGAAGUCUUCUAUAACAACGCCUGGGGGACAAUUUGUGAUGAUGAUUGGGAUAAUAAUGAUGCCACUGUCUUCUGCCGCAUGCUCGGUUACUCCAGCGGCAGAGGACUUACCAGCUACGGAGGUGGCACUGGGAACAUCUGGCUGGACAAUGUGAAUUGUGCGGGGACAGAAAGCAGUCUGUGGGAUUGCAGGAAGAAUGACUGGGGCUCCCAUAACUGCAACCACCAGGAAGAUGCAGGCGUGGAAUGCCGCUGACUUGGAAGCCCUGCAGGUCACCGCUCUGUCCCCAGAUGUCUUGGAGCUCCACCCACAUGGAGACCUGUUGGGUGCCCUAACUCUGUUGAGGGGGGAUGAAUAAAGCUCAGUGGUGGGUC